GAGUUAGCGAAGGAAUUAGGCGAGCUGGAUUUCAGCUCCGAUGAGGACGACAUGGUCACUACCAGAAUCGUUCGGCGCCGCGUGAUCAUUCAGGCCGACAGCGUGCCUGACAUGCCACCUGAAACAGUCACCGAAGAGCAAUACACAGAUGAACACGGCCACACAGUGGUAAAGAAGGUCACUAGAAAGAUCAUCCGGCGGUAUGUUUCUCCAGACGGCACGGAAAAAGAAGAAGUCCUCAUGCAAGGAGCACCACAACCACCUGUCACCGUCGAAGAAGGAGAUGGCUAUUCCAAAGUUGUAAAACGGGUUGUGUUGAAGAGCGACAGCGAACAGUCAGAGGUGACCCUGUCUGAACCUGCCGUUUUGCCUAGUGCCUCCGAAUUCCAGUCAGAACCCGUGGAAGGCCGGAAGGUCAGCAAAGUCAUCAAGACCACUGUAGUGCAGGGAGAGAGAAUGGAGAAACACCUGGGGGAUGCCAGCUUAGCUACUGGUCUGCCAUCUGCCAAAGAGGACUUUGAAAAGGCUUUGAGCUAUACAGGUAACCAUAUGAAAGUCCAACUCCCCGCCUUAGUAGAGAAAGAAAUCAUGAAAGAGGACGGCUCAGUUAUUAAAAGGACAACACUGAAUAAAGCCAGCACACAGAAGAGGACUGUGAUGAAGGACCGCUAUGGCAAACACGUUCACAUCGAAGAAGUGGAAGACACGCCAGAAGCACUCCCACACGAUGACCUCCACCAGGACCUCCAGCAGCUUCUCCGACACUUCUGCAGAGAGGACUGGAAGCAGGAGGCCAA